AUGCGCUUCAAGUUCCUCAUCAACCACACCAAGGGCUCGUCCGCGCACGCGCCGGAGGUGCACGUCAUGGUGGUGGGCAACAAACGGGACCUCGAACUGGACAGUAUGGUCAAGACUUCCGAGGGAGAGAAGAUCGCCACCGCGCUUGGUUGCAUGUUUCUGAAAAACCCCGCGAAGGAGUCUCAUGAGGAAGUUAGAACUAUGUUUGAGAAGUUGUACAAGAGGUUUAAGGCUUGUAAAGCGUUGAAACUGUCGCCCACUGCGAGUAGGAAGGUGAUGGACAAAGUUAGCAUGUUUUCCUCCGGGUUAGGGAACCACGGCCGCCCGCUCAACAGAUAG